AUGAUUGAUGAUGAAGAACUGGCUAUUCCAUUUGAGGCACCGAUCGUGUCGUCUUACAAUGACCGAAUACGCCACUACUUGAUGCAAUUGACAAGCUCCGCCACCUCAAGGUCAUGCAGGAAGAUCCUCUCCCGGAGCUUCACUUGGUUUCUGGGCAGAACUGUCCAGACUGAUGAGACCCAUAUUUCUGAUGCCAUAAAUCAAGCAACUGAUGAGAUUGCUGGCUCUGGUAAAGGUAUAUCACACACCCCAUUAACGUUAGUUGUGAAGAAAAAUGGCGUACCUGAUCUUACAAUGGUUGAUUUGCCUGGAAUCACUAGGGUGCCUGUUCAUGGGCAGCCUGAUGAUAUAUAUGAGCAGAUAUCAGCCAUAAUAACAGAGUACAUAAAACCAGAGGAGAGCAUUAUCUUGAAUGUUUUGUCUGCAACUGUUGAUUUUCCGACUUGUGAAUCCAUUAGGAUGUCACAGCGUGUGGACAAGACCGGCCUGAGAACUCUGGCUGUUGUUACCAAAGCCGACAAAGCUCCCGAAGGUCUGCUAAAUAAAGUAGAGGCAGAUGAUGUGAAUAUCGGGCUUGGCUAUGUGUGCGUUAGGAAUCGCAUAGGCGAUGAAUCGUAUGAUGAAGCUCGAAAGGAAGAAGCUAAUUUAUUCGAAACCCACCCGCUUCUCUCAAAGUUUGACAAAUCUAUUGUGGGUAUUCCAGUUCUGGCCCAAAAGUUGGUGCGAAUUCAAGCUACAAUAAUAGCAAAAUGCUUGCCAGAGAUUGUUAGAAAGAUCAAUGACAAGCUCAGUGCAAACAGGUCAGAACUCACCAGAAUGCCCCAGAAUCUGACUUCUGUUCCAGAAGCAAUGUCUGCUUUGAUGCAGAUUAUUGGUUCCUCCGUGGAGACUCUUAGGAAAGUUCUCUUGAGAGGUGAGUUCGAGGAAUACCCAGAUGACAAACACAUGCAUUGCACUGCUCGUCUUGUAGAAAUGCUCAACCAGUGCGCUCAGGAAUUGGAAAACAGUUCAGAAGAUAACUACAAGGACAAUUUUCUAAUGGAGGAGAUACGAGUUCUUGAGGAAACCAGAGGCAUUUGGCUACCAAAUUUCCUUCCUCGCGCGGCUUUUCUCAUGAUCCUGCAGAACAAAGUAAAGGAGAUAUCUGGAGCACCGGUUGAGUUUGUCUCUAAAGUAUGGGAGUACAUUGAGAAAGUGGUGGUUGCUGUUUUAAAGCGUCACUCUGAACAUUAUCCACAGCUGGAGUCAUCUACAAGAAGAGCAGCCCAGAACCUUAUUGCCAAGAGGAAGGAUAUGUCUGCUGAUCGAGUGGCGGAGAUAAUUGAGAUGGAGAAGAUCAUAGAUUAUACUUGCGAUCCUGAAUAUCUGACAGUAUGGGGUAAGCUCAUGGCUAGUAAAAACCUCUUCCUCGAUGUUAUGAAUAAUUAUUCGAGGUGCACACUGAUCACCAUUGAUGGUUUUGGGGAAGUUGAAGUUGGGCAUUUAAAGUCCUUCCCUAGUAUUAGAGACCAAGCAUUUGACAUAAAAAUGAGGAUUACAGCAUACUGGAAGAUUGUUCUUAAAAGACUCGUUGAUUCCAUGGCUCUGAACCUACAGUUCAGUGUUAAUAAUCUGGUGAACAUGGACAUGGAGAAAGAGAUAUUGACUGAACUCAUGGAUCCUCAUGGUGGUGGACUUGAAAGGUUGCUAGAAGAAUCGCAUUCGGUGGCCACAAAGCGUGAGAGAUUGAACAAAAGUAUCAAGCUGCUGAAGGACUCUAAGGAAGUUGUUGCUAAGGUCAUGGACAGAAUUGCCUUCAAUGCUGAUUAG